AUGUGGUCACAAGACGUGGUGACGGCACACUGCCUGUUUGCCGUUUGCUGUAACAAGCGGGUGAGUAUACCCUUCCGCCCAACGGUUACAAAAGAGUCGCUCGAUGCCAUUCCUGAUUACGUCAUACGUGAUGAUGAUGUCGCCAUUGUCACCUAUCCAAGAGCAGGUACUAACUGGACAAUAGAGAUCGUCAACAGACUACAGAGGGCUGCUGGAAAGACAGAUGUCGCUGCGGAAGACAUUGCAUUUGGCAUUGAAGUAACAUUACCGGGAUUUGGCAAGCCAGGUCACGUGAUUCUGAAGGACCAACCGUCGCCAAGGAUCAUUCACACACACCUUCCAUGGCACCUGGCACCAAAAAUGAUCUCCAGUCCGAAGGGGAAGGUGAAAGUUAUAGUCGUCAUGAGAAACCCGAAAGACACGGUAGUGUCCCUGUACCGUUUCUUACGCAAGCUGGAAGAGUUGACGGGCAUACGCGGUUACACAUCUUGGGAAGACUGUGUACAAGGCUUCUUGAAUGGGAAAGCACUGUAUGGUGACUUCUAUGACCACGCCCUUGGCUGGUGGCAGAUGCGAGACGACCCUCAUUUCCUGUUUCUGAAGUAUGAAGACAUGAAGAAGGACCUGUCCGGUGCCGUUAGGAGGGUAAAGGAGUUCCUGAACAUCAGUUUGGAUGACGUCACCACCUCAAGCAUCGUUGAGUCCUGCUCCUUUGUUGGCCUGAAAUCUUCUUGGGCCGAUUCACGAAACCAAAUAAAACGUAUCGUCGCUUGGAAAGGUGUCAUUGGUGAGUGGAGGAAGUCUUUCUCGUCGUCUCAAAAUGAAGCCUACGAUGACAAGUACAGGGAUAGGCUGGAGGGAACCGGUCUGCAGUUUGACUUUGACUAA